AUGAAGGGCGGUGGUCAGAGGAGACUCCUUUGUCCAAAACCUAAUGGUCACAAGGACAGAGAUGAAGAUCUUCUUCUAUUCAGAGAGAUUCAUAAACGUGAAAAAGAAAGAAUUGCCAGCCUCCUUCAACCCGUUUCUGAUGAGUUUGAACCCAAUUCUGGAAAUUAUCCCCUCUAUAGAAUUGCAUCUGCCAAGAAAGGAUCUGGAUAUGAAUUCCUUGCUGGAGGCAACAAAAAUGACUAUGAUUGGUUAAAAACGCCACCUGCAACUCCUCUAUUUCCAUCACUAGAAAUGGAAGCAAAUGCCCCAGACCUGGUAGUGCAUCGGGAGAUACCAAUUCUUCAACCUCUUUCCCGGUUUUCAAGCAAUUCAGAGGCACCAAAGGAAGGCAAUGGAAGAUCAUUAUCUCCAAGUCCAACGCCAAAGAUUCCUCCAAGAUCUACAACCCCAAGUGGGAGAUCAAGCAUUUCAUUAGCUGAAACCAAAAACCCCAAAGGACCGCUAAUUUUGAACCAAAAAGUGGGCAUUGAUCCCAGUAAAAGAUCAAACCUGGGCACUAUCACAUCAAAACCCACAACCCAACAAGAAAGCGACGCCAAUUUUAUCACUACAAAUCUUUUAAGAAACAUGGGAACAGAUUCAAAAAUGAAACCUACAAGUAGAGGUGUCUCACCUCUAGUGAGAACAAAAAUUCCAGCCCAGAUUCCCGGAUUUUCCGACGAAACACCUCCUAAUCUGAAGACAGAUCGGUCAUCUUCUGCUUCGCGUGGUCGCUCUUGCAAUCCAGUACUUUCCAGCCAUCAAAAAUCAGAUUCCACCGCAAAACCAAGGAGGCAAUUGUGUUCACCAAGUGUGGCUAGGAACCGGAAAGUGCAAUUUAAGCAAGAAAGUGAAGGAAAUUUGACUACUCAGAAAGGAAGAACUCAAACAGCAAACGGAGCACAAGUUCUAGGGAGUCGGAUGGUAGACAAGGUAAUGAAUGCUAGAAAAUCAGGUGCUGAAGAAAGAGAAACAAAGCCAAAUUUGCGAGGUUUGAUCACUGAGAACCCUGCUUAUGGGAGAACGACAUCCAAGAGUUCAUUGGAUAUGGCCCUCAAACACAUGGAUAUAAAACGAGAACAGAGUAAUUCAAGAAACAUUAGUCUUGGAAGAAGAUUUAAAACCAGUGGCAGCACUUCACAUUAAGAGCUUCUUGAUUGGAUAAGAUUCCCACUCUAAAGCAAGAAGCGGAGAACUCCAAGUUUAUAAGUUGAUUAAUGUGUUAGCCAGCAUUGAAGGUUUGCCAUCUUAUGGAUUAUGGUGAAGUUAAAGUUUUGGAACCUGCAAUAUGGACCACUUGUUUUAUCAUUAUGUGACCAUGCUUAUUAAUAUGUUUUCUGCAUUUAACAAAUAUUGAUAUGGUGUUCAAGUGGUUUUCUUUU